AUGGCUUUACCAUGGCAUAUACCAUUAGAAGCACUUCCUCCUUUUAAAGAAAAAGAACGUCCAAUUGAAACAUCUUUAUUAAAACAUUAUUGUGGUCUUAAUAUUCAUGAAAAUCCAUGUGAAGAGUUACAGACUGGACUUCUUUGCGAAAUCGGCAUUAACAAUAAGGAACCUGCAACCAUACAAAGACUUAUUGCGUCUGGAAUGACUGUAGCACGAUUAAAUAUGCGAGAUUUAGAACCAGACGCAUGUUCUCAACUACUACAAAGUAUCCGCCAAGCUGUGUACAACUAUAGUGCAGAGUUAGAAUAUGUAUAUCCUUUGGCCCUAUUAGUUGAUGUAAGAGGGCCUGAAAUAAUAACUGGAGAACUUAAAGGUGGACCAGAAACAACUAUUGAACUUAAGGAGCGGGAAAUGAUUAGAUUAACUAUAGAUACGAGUUGGCGUGAGAGUGGCACUGUAGAUUGUUUGUUUGUUGGUUAUGAUCACUUGACUGAUUUGCAAACCGGAGAUAUAAUAUUUAUAGAUAGUCUCAGUACUAGUAAAAUUAAGUUAAUAGUCUCUGAAGUCGGCGAUGAUUCUAUUGAAUGUAGUAUCGCCGUAGGAGGAAUUGUGGGAGCCAAAAUGCCAGUUCAUAUUUCUAAAGUUCCUCAUGAAAUAAGUAUUAAAAAAGCAAAUAAAAGUAUUGAAUCUAUAUCUUAUAGUGAUUCAUUAGAACAGCCAUUUGAACAUAUAGAGGAACAGAUUGCAUUUGCGAUCGCUUCGGACAUCGACGGGAUUCUAGUACCUAAUUCGCAGACCCCCCAAGACAUUCGUAGUGUCAGGGAUAUUUUAUCGGAAAGGGGAAAACAUAUUCUCGUUUUUGCUUGUAUUGAGACCGUUCUAGGACUUGAUAAUCUCGACAACUUACUAGCUGAAGCUGACGGCCUAUAUGUGGAUAGAUGUGUUCUUAGUACAGACUUACCAGUGGAAAAGAUAUUUAUCGCCCAAAAAAAUAUAUUAGCAAAAUGUAACUAUAUUGGUAAACCAUGUAUAUUUAAAGCAGUUUUAAAUGAACAAAUACCUACUCUAUGUGUUAACGAUAUUGCUAACAUCGUAAUAGAUGGGGCUGAUGUUCUAUCUUUGGAAUUGCACUAUGAUUCACCGUUAAAGAAACUAGUGCCAGGCUACGAUGCAGUUAAAAUGGCUGAGCAUUGCGUAGCAGCUGCAGCAGUUAUAUGCAGACAUGCGGAAAGAAUUAUUUGGCGUCCAAAGGUUUAUGGAAUUACAGAUCUCAUGCAAAGCUCUCUUGAAGAGCCAACAAAGGCCAUAGGAGUAACUGCUGUCGAACUAGCAAUGCGUUCUUGCGCAGUGGUGAUAAUUUGUCUAACGAAUUCCGGUCGAACUGCAAAGAUACUUUCCCAUGCAAAGCCUUCAUGUCCAAUAAUAGCCGUCACAAGGGCGUGCCACACGGCAAGACAACUACGUUUCUGGAGAGGCGUACGAGCCAUGCACUACUUUGAAGCUCCUAAAGGUGCUUGGCCUAUUGAAGUUGAUUCCAGAGUUCAUGCUGCUCUAAAUUACUGUAAAGCAAAAAGAUUAUUACGCGCAGGAGAUGCAUAUGUAGUAGUGACAGGAUCAAGACGAGGGGCUGGUUAUUGUGACACAAUAAGACUUUUAUAUGCAAGUGCACGUGAAACUGUACCUGUUGAAUAA